AUGUCAGACUAUAUAAGCAAGGAUUUGAUCGAUGAUAUAUUCACAAGACUACCAACCAAGUCCCUCCUUCGAUUUAGAUCGGUCUCUAAAUCAGUAUGUGCCCGUAUUUCUAGCCCUGAUUUCAUCCGCAAGCAUGCCUUGCAAUCUCAGCCAAAGUUCUUGAUUCGACACAGGCUUCUUCCCGACGAUAGAGACUACUACACAAUACAUUCAGAAGACCAAUUACCAUUGCGUAACUCAGGUGGAUAUAAUGAUGAAGUAACCUUUAAGUUUCCUUACAGGUAUACCUACAAUAUAGUAGGUUCAUGUAAUGGUAUUCUUUGUGUUUAUGAAGAAGACUUAUUUGGCAGCUACUUUAGUCUUUGGAACCCUUCUAUUAGAUGCCAACUAAAGCUGCCUGAUGUUCCUUUUUGUGAUAGUAGCUCUGUAGAUGAUUUAUUCUGUGACCGUAGGAGUACAGUUGGGUUUGGAUUUGACUCGGUUAAUGAUGAUUACAAGGUUGUGUGGCUAUCCUAUUCACAGUUUAGACACCCUCGAGUAUGUUCAUUUGUUUAUACCAUGAAGACAGAUGCUUGGUGUAAGAUUCAAGUUCCUUCUACUACGUAUUCUGAAGUGUCGUCGUAUGCUUGUUUGUUCAACGGAGCAUUGUAUUGGAUUGCAAAUUGUGAUUCAACGAUGGUAGAUGACAUUGACCGUCGUCAUAUAUUGACAUUUGAUCUUAGCACUCAUCUUUUUGGCAAGAUUGUGUUGCCAAAACCUAAUUGGGGAAUCCAUCGGUUAGCAAUCAUCAAAGGUUCUCUAGCUGUGUUUUCUACGACAUACAAUGAUAGUGGGAUUUGGGUGAGGGAAGAGCAGGAUAACACUUCUUCUUGGUCUCUAUUUUUUGAAUCCACCACUACUCAGUUUGAACGUGAUAGAAUAUUUGAACUUACUUCAGGUGAUUUCUUGUUCCACAGUUACUAUACAACGCCUGAAGUUUAUAAUCUUGAAACAGGACUUACUGAACGCGUUGAGUUUUCUCCCAAAGUCAACAUAGAAAAGUUUGUUGAAACCCUUGAAUUGUUAGGCAAAGGAACAUCUUACGAGGGUAAGCAACCAUCCUUCGCUCGAAGCCAAAAGAAAAAGAAAAUAACUUAUACUUGGGUCGAAGACUAAAUUAGGCAAACUUCGGCGCAGAUGGUCACUCUUUGAUGGCAUAUUUACAGCUUGUCAUCAGUUCCGUUUUUUCUAUGUUUUACCUUUACACCGUUUCUUCAUUUUAGUUUUGUUUUAUGUUUUACAUUUACAAGUUUCAUUAAUUUCUGUAUUGUUCUAUGAUUCUAAGUUUCAUUACUUUUA